AGCACCAUAUCAUCUGACAACACCGCAUUCGGGUGAGACGCCGCACGGUUCAGCAGGAUGAUGAUGGUGAUGAUGAUGAUGUGGGGACAUCCAUUGCAGCGGUAAAGAAUCUCCUGUGCGCCAGUUCAAGGGAAGGAGUUUGUUUCUUCAGAGAUGUCUGCAUUAAGUGACUCUGGCUUUGAGGAGGAUCUUCACACGUCUCCAAUCAAGGCUUCAAGUGCCAGACUGACACCAGACCUGCAGGAGUGUGAUUAUGAGGAGAGCUGCUUCAUCAUCCAGAGACACAAUGAGCAGCACUUUCUAGCGCAGAACUGCCUUGCGCGACAACCGCAGAUUACAGCAGAGGCUCGCAGCAAGCUGGUCAGCUGGCUCAUAGCUGUACGCAGACAGCUCAAACUGUCUUUUGAGUCGUGCUGCUUGGCUGUUAAUAUAAUGGACCGUUUCUUGAUCACAACCUCAGUGGCUGCAGACUGUUUCCAGUUACUGGGAGUGACGUCUCUGCUGAUCGCCACAAAACAGGUUGAAGUGUACUCGCCUCGCAUCACACAACUUCUGUCGCUUUGCUGUAAUUCAUUUUCCAGAGAGCAGCUGUGCAAUCUCGAAUGCCUGAUCCUUCUCAGACUCAAUUUUAGACUGGCUGCACCCACCCAUGCUUUCUUUCUGGACUACUUCACCAGUCGCACUACUGGAUAUCAGACUGAUGGAGCCAUCGAUAAGAUGGUCACUACACAGGAUAGAAAUGCAUGGAAGGAGCCUGAGAAGAAGUGGAAAUGGUUGGCUUGUAAAGUCUGUGAACUGAGUUUGGCUGACUACACAUUUAACAAGUAUAUGCCGUCUGUGAUUGUGCUGUGUGCUAUGAAACUGGCAAAAGAUCUCCUGAACACGCAAUCAGUGCAACCCACAGACAACAACGCUGGCUCAUCAAAGACGUUGGAGUCAUUUUGUUUUGAAGAGUAUCCAACAUUUGAAGCUCAGCUUUUGUUUCAGCAAUGCACAGAAGAUCUGCAAUUGUUGGUUUCUCUUAAUCAAGACGCAGUUCAGGACUUUAUAUCACUAUAAACUAUUAGUUCAUUUAACAAAAUGAUCACAUUGCAAAUUUGCUGAAACUUACUUAAGUAAUUCACUUGCUGAAGAAAAUGUGCAAAAAUGCAAAGAUACUGUAGUAAUUCAAUGUUUACAGAAUUUCUCUUUACAUUUUACUCCAUAAGCUGAAUUAAAGGCUGGA